AUGAUGGGGGCACUAUUCCUCCCACUGACACCAAUGACAACCAACAAUGGGGCACUAUUCCUCCCACUGACACCAAUGAUGGGGCACUAUUCCUCCCACUGUGACACCAACGAUGGGGCGCUAUUCCUCCCACUGACACCAAUGAUGGGGCGCUAUUCCUCCCACUGACACCACACUGACUGACCAAUGAUGGGGCGCUAUUCCUCCCACUGACACCAAUGAUGGGGCACUAUUCCUCCCACUGAUACCAGUGAUGGGGCACUAGUCCUCCCACUGAUACCAAUGAUGGGGCACUAUUCCUUCCACU